GUGAGUUGAGGGCUGUGCUCGCGUGUUCUGCCAGCGAUGUCGGCGGGCCGGGGACCUUUAGAGUUCCACGCCAAGCAGCCCUGGCGACCCAAAGUGGUGACAGAAGAUCCGGAGGAGGAAGAUGAAGAGGGUAGCGAUGAGGCUAAGGAUGGCUUCUCUCUGGAGGAGGUGUUACGCCUCGGAGGCACCAAGCAAGAUUACCUUAUGCUGGCUACUUUGGACGAAAAUGAGGAAGUGGUGGACGGAGGCAAAAAAGGAACAAUUGACGAUCUUCAGCAAGGCGAAUUGCAGGCAUUUAUCCAAAAUCUUAACUUGGCCAAAUACGCAAAGCCUUUGAUUGAAGAGGAUGAACCAGAUGAGAAAGAAAAUGAUAGCAAAAAGGAAGCAAAAAUACAGAAGGUAGAAAAUAAAAAACAAAAAGCAACAGAAAGUAAAAAUACGUCAAAAAAGAAGGUGAAAAAUCAGAAUGUACCAGAACAGCAUUUUGAUAGCAGUACUAUCCCUACACUAAAGAAAGAUAAACAACCCAAUGUGUUUGAAUUUCUUGAGCGGCAAACAUUGUUACUGAAGCCUGGAGGCAAGUGGUACGACAUGGAGUACAGCAACGACUGCUCUUCGGAACCCCAGCCUCGCGAUGUGGUGGCUAAAUACAGAGCCCUGGCUCAGAAGCUGUAUGAGCACGAAGUCAGCUUAUUCAAAAAUAAGACAAGUAAUCAAAAGGGAGGCUCCUCCACCUGGAUGAAGGCGAUUGUGUCCUCGGGGACACUAGGUGACAGGAUGGCGGCCAUGAUCCUUCUGAUCCAGGAUGAUGCUGUUCACACGCUCCAGUUUGUAGAAACCCUCCUGAGCCUUGUGAAGAAGAAGGGCAGCAAGCAGCAGUGCCUCCAGGCUUUGGACACAUUCAAGGAGCUGCUCAUUACAGACCUCCUGCCAGACAGUCGGAAGCUGCGGGCCUUCAGCCAGCGUCCUCUGCACAGCCUGGAGGAGCUGUCCAGCGGCAACAAGGACUCGCGAGAUCGAAGACUCAUCCUGUGGUAUUAUGAACACCAGCUGAAGCAGCUAGUAGCGGAGUUCGUGCAGGUCCUAGAAACUCUAAGUCACGAUUCCCUGGUCACCACUCGGACCCGGGCCCUCGUGGCUGCUCACGAGCUGCUGUGUGAUAAGCCCGAGGAGGAGAAGGCGCUUCUGGUUCAGGUGGUCAACAAGCUGGGAGACCCUCAGAACAGGAUCGCCACGAAAGCGUCCCAUCUGCUAGAGGUGCUACUGCGGAAGCAUCCCAACAUGAAGGGGGUCGUGUGUGGAGAAAUAGAACGGCUGCUCUUUCGCUCCAAUAUCAGCGCCAAAGCUCAGUAUUACGCGAUUUGCUUUUUAAACCAAAUGGUCCUCUCCCAUGAAGAAAGCGAGUUGGCUAACAAAUUGAUAACUCUUUAUUUUUGUUUCUUUCGGACUUGUAUCAAGAAGAAAGACAUUGAAUCAAAAAUGCUGAGCGCCAUUUUAACAGGCGUGAACAGAGCAUAUCCUUAUUCCCAGACCGGUGACGACAGAGUGAGGGAGCAGGUGGACACUUUAUUCAAAGUGUUGCAUGUUGUAAAUUUCAGUACCAGUGUGCAGGCUUUAAUGCUGCUUUUCCAAGUAAUGAAUUCUCAGCAGACGAUAUCCGAUCGGUACUAUACAGCAUUAUACAGAAAAAUGUUGGAUCCAGGGUUGACAACAUGUUCGAAGCAAGCGAUGUUUCUUAACCUCAUCUACAAAUCUCUGAAGGCAGACAUCGUGUUGCGCCGGGUGAAGGCGUUUGUGAAACGAUUGCUUCAGGUUACCUGCGCUCAGAUGCCGCCGUUCAUCUGCGGAGCCCUGUAUCUUGUGUCGGAGAUCCUUAAAGCAAAACCCGAUUUAAGAAGCCAACUGGAUGAUCAUCCGGAAUCUGAUGAAGAAAACUUUGUUGACGUGGGAGAUGACAAUGAUGUAGAAAAGUUCACUGACGCAGACAAAGAAACAGCAGUCGAUGCAGUGAAGGAAGUCGGAGCCGAAGACACCGGGACUGCGAGCAGCACAGAAGCCGAGAAACCCAAGACCGCUUCCUGGGUGCACUUUGACAACCUGAAGGGUAGCAAGCUGUUAAAGACAUACGAUCCAUUCAGUAGAAAUCCUCUGUUCUGUGGAGCUGAAAACACAAGUCUUUGGGAGCUCAGAAAGUUAUCUGAGCAUUUCCACCCUUCUGUGGCCCUUUUUGCUAAGACUAUCCUUGAGGGAAAUUUUAUUCAAUAUUCAGGGGACCCACUACAGGAUUUCACACUCAUGAGAUUCUUGGAUCGAUUUGUAUACCGAAACCCAAAGCUACACAAAGGCAAAGAAAAUACCGACAGUGUCGUGAUGCAGCCGAAAAGGAAGCAUUUUAUAAAGGACGUCCGUAAUCUUGCUGUGAAUAGUAAAGAGUUCCUUGCAAAAGAAGAAAGCCAGAUCCCAGUGGAUGAGGUGUUUUUCUACAGGUAUUAUAAGAAAGUUGCGGUUGUUAAAGAGAAACAGAAGCGCAGUGCAGAUGAAAACAGCAUAGAAGAUGUUGAUGAUGAAGAAUUUGAAAAGAUGAUUGACACAUUGGAAGACGACAACUGCUUCACGCCUGGCAAGGACGAUAUUGAUUUUGCCAGCAAUAUGAAAAAAACGAAAGGAACUAAGGAGAACUUGGAAGAUUCAGAGAGCAGUGACGAUGAGCUUGGUGACCUGGAUGAUGAUGAAGUUUCCCUGGGAAGUAUGAAUGAUGAAGACUUUGAAAUUGAUGAAGACGGAGGAACAUUCAUGGAUGUGUCAGAUGAUGAAAUUGAAGAAUUUGAUGAAGUCAACUCCAAAGCCAGUACUAAGAAAAGCAAGAGAAAGAAUGAAGAUAUUGACUUUGCUGGGUCGUUUCAAGGAUCAAAGAAAAAGAAGAAAAGAUUUGAUGAUUCCAGCCUGUUUGUCUCUGCUGAAGAGUUUGGCCAUCUGUUGGAUGAAAACAUGGGAUCCAAGUUUGAUAAUAUUGGCAUGAAUGCCAUGGCUAACAAAGAUAAUGCAAGCUUCAAACAGCUCAAGUGGGAAGCUGAGCGUGAUGAUUGGCUGCACAACAGAGAUGUGAAGAGCAUCAUCAAGAAAAAGAAAAAUUUCAAAAAGAAGAUGAAAAUCCCUCAGAAAUCCAAAAGGCAAAGGAAAUGAGUGCUUCAUAGUGAAUAAUAAAUGAAGAUUCUACUCACCCUUAAUUCUUGCUAUCCAACCACUUUUCUUGAUCUUUCUCUCUCAUUCCAUACAUUCCAGACUGUUCAAUGGAUUUGUAAUAAACUAUAAAAACAAAA